AUAUCUGUAUGUGUAUUUAUGUUCAUAUAUAUGCAUUAUUUUGGUCAAAAUUCACUGUUUGUAACAUGUUGGGAUUGCGGCUGAAGCUGCAUAUGUUAUUACUACUGCAGUUGAAUUUGCGCAGCGUUGGCUCCACAUUAAUGGAUACACCCUCCGAGCCGGAAAUGCCAGAGCGGUGUAAAUAUCUGCAGACCUCCAAUGAGGUAAUGUUUCAGAAGUGCAAAGGAAAAUUUCCGCUGGUGGCUUACACGAAAUUCCGUGAUACAUUCAUGAAGCAAACGGAUCGCAUGGCACUCUUUAUGCCGGAAUCAUUGGAUCAUAUUCUGGUGUCCUUGAAGGAGUCCCAGUUGCACUACUGCUACAGCAUCCAAGUGCUCGAGGUUAAUGAGUACUUAUGCUUCGACGAAUUCGGCGGCAAGCGCACUGUCAAGCUACGAUCGGCCCGAAUGUAUUGCUUUCCAUUUCACAUCCAGCUCACAGAUGACCUGAUGCAUGAGUGUAUACUGGAGCGUGAUGGUGUCACUGAAUCAGUACUGGAGGCAAAUACGUUGCGAACGAAGCGCGGCAUUAUUCAUUAUACCUUCGAUAAUGAUUCAGCCGUUCGCUAUUUAAUGUCAAAGCAAAAUGUCAUGAUCCAAAUGUUAGUCGUGUUGGCAAUGUUGUCCUAUUUUUAAAUAUAGCGUAAGCCGGAGAGGUCGAACAAGACAGGAUGGUUGAGCAAUAUUAAUCGGGCAUCAGAAUCAGGCAUAAGUUAGUGAGUAGCCGAGCUUUCCACAAAGAAAUGUCAAAUAUAAGAUACUGCGAGCCACACAGCGAGAACAACAUCGAAUUUUCAAACACUGAUUAACAUUAUUGUAACGAAAAAUAGGCCAAGCAAUCGGCAACUGGUGAAUAAAAUUG